CGAACACAAACAAAAUAAAAAUUCAUCUCUGCUUUAUUUUCUUAUUCUCAUCCGGGCGAUCGAAAUCAUCGAAUACUCUCUCUCUCUCGAAACCCUAAAAAGAUGACCUCUCUGACGAAUUCGUUGGUUCUAACGAAGCAUUCGCCAUUUCAUAUUUCACCUGGCUCUCCUUUUAAGUCAUCGGACCAGUGCCUUGGUAGUUUGGGGCCCAAGAACUUGUUGCUCAGUCUACAGACAGGGAAAACACAAUUUUUGACGUCUAAACGGGCACUCACUGUUCAAGCAGGAUACAGUGAUGGUGGAAAGCCAGGUAGCACGAGCAUUUUUAUUGGUGGCUUUGUUUUGGGAGGAAUACUUGUUGGCACGCUCGGUUGCGUAUAUGCACCUCAGAUCAGUAGGACACUGGCUGGAGCUGACAAAAAGGAUUUAAUGAGGAAACUGCCCAAAUUUAUAUAUGAUGAAGAAAAAGCUUUGGAGAAAACACGUAAAGUACUGGCAGAGAAGAUAGCACAGCUGAACUCUGCUAUCGAUGAUGUUUCUGCUCAGCUUCGACCAGAAGAUGAUACCCCAAAUGGAGUGGCUGUGGAUACAGAUGAAGUAGAAGCUGCCAUAUGAGCAUGAUCCUGUUUGCAUUUUGGUAGUAUUGGCCUUCACGUUAAUUGCAAGAUUGGCCUUCACCUUGGUUAAUUGCAAGAUUUGGAAAUGAUUGUUGAGUCUGUUGUUGUCUUUUUUUCUUCUCGACAAUUAAUGUGGUUGUGUUGAUGUAGUGGUUCUGAGCAUAAAGUGACUGCUAUUUUGCUUGAUACAAUAAAAACAUUGCUCGGUGUCUGGGCUGAUUUAUAUACAAAACAGAGCUUUUUCGGUUGUGCUGUUUUUUUGGUGUA